GCCGGGGAGGCCAUUCGUGUUUCGAAGGGACGCCAGAGACGGCCAAGCGCGAGUGAAGCCGGCAGCUGCACGAUGAUCAAGAGCCACGAUGGCGGCGGGUAUAAGUUCACCACCACCGACUUGAUCAAGCUCAUCGAAACGCCACACGAGAAAAUCGAGGAGGCGCUCAAGAGUGCAGGUGGAACGGAAGGCGUCGCAGCAGGCAUUGGGACCAGUCUCACGUACGGGCUCGACACGUCCCGAACAGAUGACCUGGCCAAGCGCGAGGCCGUGUUUGGGAAAAACUACGUGGCCCCGCCCAAGCCCGCGACGAUCCUGGAGCUCAUGUGGGAAGCAUUUCACGACACAACCAUCAUUGUGCUGUCGAUGUCUGGGCUGUUGUCGCUCAUCCUUGGCGCAACGAUGGAAGGACAGUCCGCAGAAUGGAUCGAAGGCGCGUCCAUCUUGUUCGCCGUGCUGCUCGUCACGGGCGUGACGGCCAUCAACAAUUGGCAAAAGGAAAAGCAGUUUGCAGCGUUGAACGCGGUCAAAGAAGACGAAAAAAUCAAGGUGAUCCGGAAUGGCGUCCCGUGCGAAGUGUCGAAAUUCCACCUCUUGGUCGGCGACAUUGUGCGCGUCGACUUGGGCGACAUUUUGCCGGCGGAUGGGAUCAUCUUUGACGAGAGCGAGAUCAAGAUCGACGAAAGCACGUUGACAGGCGAGUCGGACUUGCUCAAGAAGACCCGCGUCGAAGCCCCCGUUCUGUACAGCGGGACAAGAGUCAUGGAGGGCGUGGCCAAGAUGCUCGUGAUGUGCGUGGGGGUGAAUUCCCAAGCUGGGAUCAUUUCGUCGCUUGUUCAAGGCAAAGGUGCGAACGAAGGCGACGACAAGAAAAAGAAGAGCAAAACCAAGGAAAGCGCUGUCGGGCCCGUCCACGACGUCGAAGUGAAGAAGAAGAACGAAAGCGACGAAGUGUACGAGCAAGAGAGCGAGAGUCCGCUCCAGGACAAGCUCAACAAGCUCACGGUCAAGAUCGCCAAGGGAGGCACAACGACCGCGGUCAUUGUGUUUUUGGCCAUGACGAUUCGGUUUUCGAUCGAAACGUUUGGCGACGGCAAAAACGAAUGGAAGCGCGCGUACGCGACCGACUACCUCCACUUUUUCAUCACGGCCAUCACGGUGCUGGUCGUGUCGAUCCCGGAAGGGCUGCCACUUGCCGUCACAAUCUCCCUGGCGUUUUCGGUCAAGAAGAUGCUGCUCGACAACAACUUGGUGCGCCACUUGGACGCGUGUGAAACCAUGGGCAGUGCGACUACCAUUUGCUCCGACAAGACUGGCACACUGACAACGAAUCGCAUGACGGUCAUGCAGUGCUGGAUUGGCGGGCGCGAGUACAGCGCCGCGUCGCAAUUGCAAGGCGAAAUUUCCGACAGUUUGCGAGAAGCCUUUGGCCACGGCGUCGCACUCAACUCGACGGCAGAAAUUCUCCCCCCCAAGACUCCUGGCGGUCAGUUCGAGCACACGGGAAACAAAACCGAGUGCGCGCUGCUGUCGUUCUGCAAGGACUUGGGUGUGGACUACGCGGCCGUGCGCAAAGACAGCCCGGUCAGCCACAUGCUGACAUUCAGCAGCAAGAAGAAGCGCAUGAGCGUCGUGGCAAAGCGAGGCGUCAACAGUCGAGUGUUUUGCAAGGGCGCGACCGAAGUGGUGUUGGGACUGUGCAAGAAGGUCAAGCGGCUCGACGGGUCGGUCGCCGACUUGAGCGACGGCGAGAAGGACGAGAUCGGGCGCACCAUCAUUGAAAAGUACGCGUCGCAGGGGUACCGCACGCUGUGUCUAGCCAUUCGCGACUUGGACAUUUCGACGGACGAAGUCAAGACGUGGGCCGACGACGACAUUGAGACCGACUUGACGUGCGUGGCGAUUGUCGGAAUUGAAGACCCUGUCCGCCCCGAAGUCCCGGAGGCCAUUCGUCAGUGCAACCGCGCCGGCAUCAUCGUUCGCAUGGUGACGGGAGAUAACAUUAUGACUGCACGCAGCAUUGCCGCCAAGUGUGGCAUCCUCAAGCCCAACGACGGCGCCAUCACGAUGGAAGGAUCCGAGUUCCGGUCCCGCGUGCUCGACAAGGACGGCAAGAUUAUUCAGUCGGAAUUCGACAAGAUCUGGCCCAACCUCCGCGUCCUCGCACGAUCGUCGCCCAAGGACAAGUAUACGCUCGUGACGGGCCUCAAACAAUCCAACUUGAUGCCAUACGGACCGCAAGUCGUCGCGGUGACUGGCGACGGGACAAACGAUGCGCCGGCGUUGAAAAAGGCAAACGUUGGGUUCGCCAUGGGGAUCUGUGGGACGGCCGUGGCCAAGGAAGCAUGCGACAUCAUUCUCAUGGACGACAACUUUACGUCGAUCGUGAACGCGGUCAAGUGGGGUCGCAACGUGUACGACUCGAUUGCCAAGUUUCUGCAGUUCCAGCUCACGGUCAAUUUGGUUGCCAUUACGUUGGCGGUGCUCGGGGCCGUUGCGAUUGAAGAGAGUCCGCUCAGUGCCGUGCAGCUGCUGUGGGUCAACCUGAUCAUGGACACGUUUGCGUCGCUGGCCCUCGCGACGGAGAAGCCGACCCAAGCGCUGCUUGAGCGCAAGCCGUAUCCCCGCACGCAGCCGCUGAUGAGCCCGAAAAUGAUCAAGCACUUGGUGGGCCAGUCCGUGUUUCAACUCGUCGUGUUGAUUUUGUUACUCUUCAUGGGCGAAAAGAUCUUUGACAUCCCGAGCGGUCGGCUGUGGGACCAGCCCCCUGGCGAGAAGAACGAAAUGUCGGUGCACUACACGAUCAUUUUCAACACGUUCGUGUUCUUGCAGCUCUUCAACGAACUCAAUUGCCGGAAAAUCCAUGACGAAAUCAACAUCUUUGAGGGCCUCGUCGACAGCGCCAUCUUUUUCAACAUCUCCAUCUUCCAAGUGGUGUGCCAAGUCCUGAUUGUCCAGUUUGGCGGCCGACCGUUCUCGUGUAUCGAGCUCGACGCGGCGCAGUGGCUAUUUUGCAUCGGCGUGGGCUUCCUCUCGCUGCCCCUCGGCCUCGUUCUUCGGUUGAUGCCGACGCCAUCGAUCUUCGGCAAGGAAACAUAACCCAUCCCAACCUGCUGUGCACAUUUACAUAACCUAAUAUACAUGUACAAUCGAUCUGGA